AUGUCUGGUGCAAAGAUCCUGCAAUUCCUUCAGAGCCUAUCACGCAGGAAACCUCUGGAGCCUGAAGGCGAGGUGUCCAAUUUCCGCCGCUGCUUGACCACCCUUGACCUUGUGGCUUUGGGAGUGGGAAGCACUUUAGGGGCUGGCGUCUAUGUGCUGUCAGGAGAAGUGGCCAGAACUGUGGCCGGGCCCAGUAUCAUCAUCUCCUUCUUGAUUGCAGCCGUAGCUUCAGUCUUUGCGGGAUUAUGCUAUGCUGAAUUUGGAGCUCGUGUUCCCAAAACUGGUUCGGCCUACCUCUACAGCUAUGUGACAGUGGGGGAGAUUUGGGCUUUCAUCACGGGCUGGAACCUUCUACUGUCUUAUGUAAUAGGGACAUCUAGUGUGGCCAGAGCGUGGAGUGGAACCUUUGAUGACCUCAUUGGAAAUGUCAUUGCCAAUUCCCUGGGGAAAAAAGCUUCCAUGGAUUUGCCUGGAUUAGCUCCCUACCCAGACUUCUUUGCAGCUGGUCUUAUUAUUCUCUUGGCAGGCAUUCUUGCAUUCGGUGUUAAAGAAUCAGCCAUCGUGAACAAAGUUUUUACAGCAAUUAAUAUUGUAGUGUUGCUAUUUGUUAUCCUCACUGGAUUCAUAAAGGGAGAUCUCAACAAUUGGUACAUUGAUGAAGAAACUCUCCAAAAUUCACUUGGAAACACAUCAUCACUGAAUGAAACCAUAGCUUUUGGAAAAGGUGGAUUUUUCCCUUUUGGCUUUGAGGGAACACUGGCAGGAGCAGCCACUUGCUUUUAUGCAUUUGUCGGCUUUGACUGUAUUGCCACGACAGGGGAGGAGGUUCAGAAUCCUCAGAAAUCCAUCCCAAUAGGAAUUGUGGCAUCCCUCCUCAUUUGCUUCCUGGCUUAUUUCGGCGUGUCCGCUGCCUUGACGUUAAUGAUGCCAUACUAUUUGCUGAGUGUUCAUAGCCCAUUGCCUGUGGCUUUUACUUAUGUGGGCUGGGGCCCUGCAAAGUAUGCCGUGGCAGUGGGAUCCCUCUGUGCUCUGUCAACAAGCUUACUGGGAUCAAUGUUUCCAAUGCCCCGAGUCCUUUUUGCCAUGGCGAGGGAUGGCCUUCUCUUCAGCCAUCUAAGCAAAGUGAGUGAGAGACAAAGUCCUGUCAUUGCUACACUGGCUUCAGGUGUCGUCGCAGCCAUCAUGGCAUUAUUGUUCGAUCUGAAGGCGCUGGUUGACAUGAUGUCCAUUGGAACCCUCUUUGCCUACACUCUUGUUGCCAUAUGUAUUCUCAUAUUAAGAUAUCAAGCAGAUAUCAAUGCUGAUAACAAAGAAGAACCAUUUACAGUCAGUGCACUAUUUUUUCCUCAUUCACAAUGUACUUCACGGACGUCAAAAAAUGUGUCUGUUUUGACAGUUUGUAUCAUAUUUUUAGCAACUAUUCUGAGUCUCUUGAUAUCCCAAGCGGGGACCUCGUUGCAGUCUUCAGAGUGGUGGAGCAUUCUCUGUGUUGUUUUAGUGACAGCCAUUCUGAGCCUUACAAUCCUCAUCAUCUGGAGACAACCGCAAAGCACAACAAAAGCUGCUUUCAUGGUUCCUUUUGUGCCGUUGCUUCCGAUCUUGAGCACCUUGAUCAAUAUUUACUUAAUGGUUCAACUGGGAUCGGAUACAUGGAUACGUUAUGCUGUUUGGAUGGCAAUAGGUUUGAUCAUCUACUUUGCCUAUGGUGUUCAGCACAGUGUACAGAAGCAAAGGCUGCAAAAUUCAGACAACCAUGUCAGUAUAAACAGAAUCACCGCUAAUGUGGACGAUAACUUGGCUCCUGCACAAGAUUUCAGCUAA